AUAUUGUAGUUGGCUUUGUAUUUAUCCAUGAAUUACAAGUGUAACAAAGUGUCGAUUAUUUUCUGCAUUUGAAAAUGUUUCAGAAUAGACACUUGCUUGGCUGAGGAAAAGUUUAAACUGUGAAGUUAUUUCUUCUAGUGAAGUAGAUAUUACUAGUCUUACUUAAAUAUGAAAAUAUUUCUAAUUAAACUGUCUAUUGUUUUAUGACUCGUGAAAGUGGGUUCGUGGUUAUGUGAAGAGUAAUAUAAAGACGAAUUGAAUUUUUUUUCAUUGUGUGCAGAAAAAAAGUGAUUUGGUGAAAUUAAAGCGAUUCUGCUGGGAAUUUUAUUAAGGUGCAAUAAAUGCAAUUGAAUGCUACCUGGAGUCUGUGAAAGUUGAAAAUGGCAAACGCCGGAACAGCAACUCCUUUGGAAAUUGACGAAUUUAUAAAUGGAGCUUUAGUUUCAUGGUUGGAAUCAUGUCUGCCCCGCCCUGAAGUAUUAACUGGUUAUUCCUCCUUGUUGGAUGGCAAUAUUAUACAUAGUGUGUGGUUGCAAAUAGACCCAGAACCUCAAAACCACCCAACGGAUAUACGCGAUUUAAUUGGUGUAUCGUUAUGUAUUGCACGAUCGAAAAACUUCGAAUGCAUUGCACGUAACUUAAAAUCACUGUUUGAAGAAGAAUUGGAACACACAAUUCUAGUUCUUCCUGACGUUUAUAUACUUGGAUACCAUCCGGAAUCUAAACAUGGUUUGGAGCAGAUGAAGAUUUUGCUGACACUUUUAUUAGGUGCUGCUGUGCAGUGUCCUAAUCGCGAAGUCUUCAUUGGCCGUAUUAAAAUGUUGGACGUUGAAACACAGCAUGCCAUUGUCGGUUUGAUAAAACAAGUUACGGAAGACCAAAGUCUUGUUCUUACAAAGGAAUCUGUAAAUUUACUCACCCCCGUUAAUAUGUACAACCAUAUAUUGCGGCUGACAAAAGAACGUGAUAACAUGUAUCUGCGUUGGAUUGCAUCAAUGUGCGCGGACACGGACCUAAACAUGUCCGCUUGUGCUGAUGGCUCAUUGAGUAUGCCAUUAUCACCAUUGUCAUGCACUCUAACCACGUCCUGCCCAUCAUCUUCAAACUCUGAAAAUAACCACAUGGCGGUAGAACUUGCAGAUUUGAAGUCCAAAAUUCGGAAAUUACGGCAAGAACUAGAGGAGAAAGCUGAAAACCAACUUGAAUUGCGAGAGGAGCUAGAUCAUAAAAAUGCUCAAUAUGAAAAACUGCGAGCUGAAAGCCAAGAAUGGUACGCAGAGGCAAAACGGGCCUAUGCCUAUCGGGAUGAAGUCGAUGUUUUAAGAGAGCGAGCUGAACGCGCUGAUCGCUUGGAAAUUGAGGUUCAAAAAUUUCGUGAAAAAUUGACAGACGCUGAAUUCUAUAAGACACGUGUCGAGGAAUUACGCGAAGAUAAUCGGAUGCUUUUGGAAACUAAGGAAAUGCUAGAAGAUCAGCUGCAAAGAGCACGGAAACGUUCAGAGCACGUAAUGACUUUGGAAUCUGAAAUUAUAAAAUAUAAACAGAAACUUAACGAUAUGGCUUUGGAAAGAGACGUUGAUCGUUCCAAGUUAGAAGAGCUGUUAGAGGAAAAUACCCAGUUACAGUUGGUUGCUAAAACUCUGAAUACUACUCAAAGACUUGACAGCGCAUAUUCCGAUAAUGAGGAUGAAUGUAAUUCGGGUGAUAAUAGUUUAUCAGAACAACUAACCAACGACGCGCAGACACGAAUUUUAAAAUUGGAAUUGAAGAACAAGCAGCUAGCUGCCGCGUUGGAGCAACUAAAGGAGAACUCAUUUCAUGAGUCUACAAACAAAAUUCUUGAGCUGGAAAAAGAUAAAAAGAAGCUUUCAUUGAAAAUCGAGCAGAUGCAAGAAAAUAUCCAACGUUUAACCAAACAAAAUACUGCAUUGGAAGAUGUAUUUAAAAGUGCGUUGGAAGAGAAUAAGAAACUGCAAGAUACAAUGGACGACCGACAAAAGUCAUAUGAACGACAAAGCCAAGAACGCGAACAGGAACGCAAUAAGUUGUUGGACGUGGAACAACAUGUAGAAACUUUAAAUAAAGAAAAGCAGCGCUUACAAACCCUUACCGAAAGUAUACAACGACGCGCUGAUGAUUUGGAUCGUUUGUUGGAUACACGUACCAAGGAAAUCCAACAGCUAACGGAGCGCUCACAGGGAGUGAGUAAGUUGAAAGAAAAGGUGUACGAUUUGGAAGCAAAGCUAAGUUCAUCUGAGCGGGAAAAUAACAGUCUUUUGAAGGAAGUCGCAAAAUUGAAGGAGAACACCGAAGGGAAGUCAGUUCAGCUAGACGAGUCGACGGCGAAGCUUGAAGCGCAAACUAAAGAGAUUGACCGCCUUACAAAAGAACUAACGAAAGUUGAGCAAACUCACCAAAGAGUCAUAGAACUGGAGAAACAAAAUCAAGAAUUAAUGACUCAGCGUGAAAUUGAUUCAGACACCAUACUGACACUACGAAACGAUCUAGUAUCUGGUACGCUAGCGACCAAUAAAGUACGCCAAAAUUUAGAGAAAUUAGGUCUAACUGAUAGUGGCCAGACCGACGAUAAUGGCGAAUUAAAUGUUGAAACUGUCGUAGAAAAGUUAGUACGCAACCCAGAAACUUUCAAGACAGUCCGUGAAAUCAUGUUGAAUGUAUCGAAAGAGCAGCACCAAAAGGAAAACACAAAGUCGGAUAUAUGCGUGCUGUGCCACCGCAAGGAAAUAUACACAGUAGAAAAAAAUAUUGAACUGUCCAAUAAUGAGCCACAAGAGCUAAGUUUCGAACACAAAGUUACCUUAACUGCACCGACUGGUCGCGAUCGCAUCGAAAUUUUACGACUCAAGGAAGCCAACACGGAGCUAAGUGCACUCUAUACGGCCCUGCAAUCGGCCAAUGUGCAAUUAGAGGCUGAGAAGGCUCGACUCGAUGUAGACGUUGUGACUUUGAGCUCACAAAUCUCCACACUAAACACACAGUUAGUCGCAUUACAAGUGGCUAACUCACAGCUCGCCUCCGAUAAGGAUCAAUUGUUGAAGCAAAGCGAGUCGAUUAAACAAGAUAAUAAAAACAUACAGCAUGACUUAAUGGCCCUGCGAACUUUGCACGAUCAGCUUUCAACAGAAUAUGAAUCGCUCGCCGCUGACAAAGAGCAACUCAAGCUGCUGCAGCGCGAUUCGCGAAACGAGGCACGCGAAUUACGUGAGCAUAUCUCGAGUUUAGAAAAUCGUAUUGCCGAGUUGACGAAGGAGAAUGCUAAAAUGAAGAGCUAUGAAAACGAUUUAACAAUAUUGCGGACAGAACAUUCCAAGCUGACAGAUGAUUUUCGAAAUUUGUUUCGCUUCAAGAACGAGUAUAAGAAUAUUCAGGAACAAUACAAAAUGAUACGCCCAGAAAAUAAUAAAUUAAAGAAACAAAUUGCCGAACUAUUACGUGAGCUGGAUGCCAAAAAUGACCACAUAAAAACCAUGGAAAGUGAUGCCGCCUACUACGCCCAACAGUGUGAAGUAUUACUGCAAACGAAUGCGCAUCUUGAUAUAGACAGAAAAACCUUAAUGGACAAUGUUUCACAAUUGCUGACGCAGUAUCACGAGCUACUCUCGCAUUCGCUGGAGGACAAACAGCAUUUCCGGGAAGAAGAGAAAAGUUAUACAGAGCGUCUGCAUAAUUUGAGCCGCCAAAAGGAAAAAUUGGAGGAGAAAAUAAUGGAACAUUACAAAAAGCCGGAAACCGUUCUACCAAAAAAAAAACCAUUCGCGAGUAGCAUUGUUCGACGUGUGAAAAAGGCCGGUUCUGAUUUUAUAAACAAGGUACCAACAAGCCGGAAUCGCCGAUCAUGGGUGGAUGACUCUCGUCUUACACAGUCGCAAUUUGUGAUUGGCUCUGAGUCUGGCGGGAAUGAUUCUGAUAACAGCCUAGAGGAACCAAUGUCCAUUGAGUCCGAUUCUCAUUUGCUCCAACGAAACUUGCCUAUACGACAAAGUUUGCAGCGAGACCUAAUGGAUAGCUCACUUUCCCGGGGCGGAAUACGAAGUAGUUUGCAGUCACAGAAGCGAACGGACUUGAAUAGUUCUCGAAGAAAUAGCGUCCAUGGUCUUGAAGCGCCAGAUGUAACGGGUAGCAGUUUGACACUGGGUACAGCCGGAUCCCGACGCACAGUUUAUUUGAUUGAUGAACACCAAAAAAUACCCGAAACAAACAGUAGUUGUAGUGAAGUUGGUGGCAGUGGGGACAUGUCGAAUUCCCCCCUGAACUCAAGCGCCUGCUCUACGUCCACAACCUUGACAGGUGCCGGCACCAUAGACGACGUAUAUAUGUCGGCAGAUAUUGGUCUUGGAGGCGCUGGAGUAGGCAUUGCCGAACCGCAGACACCUUCUAAUUUGUCCUCAGCUCCCAAAACCGAUAAUCCGACUACAUUCCUUAUGUACAACCGCAUCAACACAACGAUUGGCAGUGCUGGCUCGGAGUGCAACAUGUCAGCGGGCUCAUCACGCGACCCAACAUUAACAGGCAAUAACUCGACACCAGUGACAACCACAAGUGCAGCACCAGACGAUAAAUCUCUGCGAAAGCGUACUGACGACAAAAGUAAUAGUAUUUGGUAUGAGUAUGGAUGUGUUUAGACAAUAGCAAUUUGAAAAAUGUAGUUAGCUUUUAUUUUACUCGGAAAAAGUAUUGCGUAUAUAAAUUUAAAAUACACCAAGGGAAAUUUGUGCAGGCUAAUGGCUUCGCAUAUGUUUAGAUCCUUUAAUAAUUUUGCAAGUGUUCCAAGUACUCUACAGACUCUAUAGUUAAACUCUACAAUUGAGUUAACCAAUUAUGCUAUAGCACAGCAAUUUCGCGAUCUGGUUUGGAAAAUUCUUUUAACAAUUAUGUUAAUGCGUUUCUUUAACGUGUAUUUGGCAGCUAAUAGAUAAACGACACUGCCAUUAUGGUGAAACUACUUUCAGUCAUUCGAAUUUAAUUGAGGCUCUUCAUCUUUAUCAUAUUGGAAUAUGUUGGAAUUUCAUUGCAUCCACCACAUU